AUGGCCAACCACCUGGACCAGGGCACUCCGGCAACCGGCUGGGUGGAGGGGCAGGACAGGCGGCUGCUCAUCGACGACGUCCUGCACCUGUGGCCGGGCCUCGCUGCGGCGGCGGCCAGCGACGCCGAGGCCUCCUCGGGGGCGGAGGGCCUCCCGGUCUCGCCCGAGGACUGCCGCGGCGCGCUGGCGCCGGAUUCGCCAUACAUGGCGUUCCUGUCGGACCUCCUGCGCUCCAAGACGGUGCUGCUGGUCGGGUGGACCCGGCUGCCGCCGGAGGGGCAUUUUGGAGAGGCGUUGCGCCAGGCGUGGCGGAAGGUCAAGGUGCGCGACCCGUCCCGGCAGGACCCCCUCGCCUACGCGCUGGCCCCCGCGGGCGCGGCCGAGGCGGGCUGCUGGGAGGAGUGUGGGCUCGAGGUGCUGGUGUGCGACGCUGCUGGCGACGCCCUCCGCGGGCUCGCGGCGGCGGCGGCCAGCCCACCCCUCGCGGCGUGA